ACCCAACUUCACUUGUUUCAUUUAAUGCAGUUGACAGCUCUUUGAAACUGACUCUCAUUCAUUUUUCUUAUAACAAUAAAACCAACCACCUUUCUAUCUAUGAAAUGAGACCAUUCAUCAAUAUCUCUUUAAAUCUUUCAUUAUAAUAUAUAAAUAAAUAUCAAUUCCAUUUUUUUCUUUUUAUUAUUAUUAUUAUUCAACAAGUUCACCAUUGAUUUGAAAUGGCCUUUUCUUCAGCCAAGUUUUCCUACCAGAGACUUAAAAAUGAAGGUCAAGGAGGUGAUGAUUAUGAUUCUGAAGAUUAUCAAAUUCAACAAAUAGUAAAUAAUAGUGAAUAUCAGAUCAAGGGUUUGGGAAGACCAAGGAGUUGGUAUAGAAGGUCCAAAAGGGUACCUAUUAGAAGAAAAUUCAAGCUCAAAAUCCCAAGCUUGAGAAGGUUAUUAAGAAGAAAAUCUAAGUUGGUUUCUUCUGUUAGAGUUUCAAUUUCAAAUGUUGUAAAGAGAUUGAAGGAAAGUCAAUCUCAUUUGAGUGAUCUAUUUGCUGGAAACUACAUGUUCUUACAGGUCUCUCCUACUUCUUUGAAGUGUCUUAAUAAGGCUAGUACCAACAAUGUUUAUAACCUUAAUAAUGGCUUUUCUUCAAGGUACCCUCCCAAAAUUGCUAACUGAAUAAUGGGUUUACUUAUUAUGUUAAUAUGAGAUUUAGUCUAUAAUAAAAAUCUUUUCUUUCUUUAUAUCUAUCUAUAUAUAUACUUGUUGUAUUUACUGUGUUAUUUUUCUUUCACAAAAAUGUUGCAGGGUCUUAGAUCUACAACUUGGUAGAUAUAAGCAAAACAUAUAUAUUGUAUUAGAUAUAAUGUUUCAAAAUCAUUUAUGUAAAUUUGAUUUGGAUUAAGAUUUUAGUGAUGUUGUA